CAUUCUCUUCACACAUGCACCAAUAAACAUUCUAAACAAGAUGAUUCGCCAUGUUCUUUUGUUCUUAGCUUUUCUCUCAUCAUCCACUUCACUUGCUAAUUCUAUCACAGACUUGUGCGUAGCAGACCUAAAGGGAGCAUUAAACCCUGCAGGCUAUCCAUGCAAGAAGCCGCCACUAACAGUGAACGACUUGGUGUUUUCUAACUUCAAAGCUGGAAACACCUCAAACAUUCUCAAAGCUUCACCAACCCCGGCGUUUGUCGCGCAAUUCCCAGCCGUGAACGGGCUGGGACUCUCUGCGGCGCGGGUAGAUUUAGAUGCCGGCGGUGUGGUCCCGAUGCACUCUCACCCGGGCGCUACCGAGAUGGUGAUAAUGGUGCGAGGCCGCAUCACAACCGGGUUCAUUGCUGCAGACAACUCUGUUUUUGUGAAGACGCUGAAGGAGGGUGAUAUCAUGGUUAUCCCACCAGGGUUGUUGCAUUUUCAGGUGAAUGCUGGUGGGAAGAAAGCCACUUGUUUUGUCACUUACAGUAGCCCAAAUCCUGAGCCGCAGAUCCUUUAUAAUGCGUUGUUUGGUAGCAGCUUAGAUUCUGAUUUGGUGGCAAGAACUACCUUCCUUGAUCUUGCACAAGUUAAAAAGCUUAAGGUUAAAUUUGGGGGAAGUGGCUAGCUAGAUAGGUUUGCAAAUUAGUUGUUAUUUUAUCUGAUCCGAACCAUAUAUGUUCUUAGUUGUGUUCUAUGGUUAGGUGUUGUAUAAUUUGCUUGCUCUUCCAAUUCUAGCUAGUAAUAUCACUCUACCUGUAAUGAAUAAAACUCAUGAAAUAGUAAGAUCCAAGUGUCUUGCUUAGUUAGGCACAAAUACAAUACUACGUAUACAUCUGUUACAAAAUUAUUAUUGUUGUUUAAGGUUAUUCACAAAGUUAAUAGUUCA